CUUAUAUCGCGGCCGUAGCUGCGAGUCGCGAGAGCUCGACCGGUAGCUCGUACACGACCCCGACCGCUUCCUUUUUCAGGGGUUUCGGUUUCCGGUUCGGGCACCCGUUCGCAGGGACAAGAGGCGGUUCUCUCCAUCUCCGCGUGUCCAAUCCCCCUCUCUCUCUCUCUCUCUCUCUCUCUCUCUCUCUGUCUGUUUCUCUUUCUUUCUCUCUUUAUCACCCCUUAUCUUUUGCCACCUCUUUCUCUCCAUUCCUAUUUCUCUGAUCUUCCUCGUUUUCCUCUUGCCAGCCCUUGUCUCAGUCUAGCGCGAGUUGCCACGUUCGGGCGGACUUCGCGGCGUACAUCCUGUGCGUGCGGCCUGUACGGAAAGCUACGCGUCUCUACACGUCAUCUUCGUUAUCGUGUUCGUCGCCACAAUCGUUUUGAUCGUCGUUCGGAUUAUUGCGCUCGUGUCGAAGCCGAUGCGCGCGAUGCGAGAUAGGACCGUUCAUACAAGAGGAAUGACUUCGCCAAAAGACGAAAAUAAUUACGGAUAAACGAAGCGGCACAAGAAGGACGCGAGGACGGAGACGAAUGGGAUUGUGCAGAGAAAGAAGAGAUAGCUCCAAUAGGAUAGAAAGGACGACGAUGAUGAACGCAGAUACACGAGAAUGCACAUUCGUGCGAACGCGUGAUUCCUGUUGAGAAGAGAAGAAAACAAGUGCGACGAGAGGGUGCGAAAAGAGAGCAGUUAACGGAAGAAGAAGAAGAAGAGAAAAGAACGCGCGACAGCGGUGAAUUCGUUGCCUACGUGGAACGGGCUGCUGGCAGAGGGAGCAGCCACGCUCCGCAAAGUUGCCUAGAUACCGGGCAACACCGUGUUGCGCUCCGGUGAAGUAGGAGGCAGCGAAGGAGGCGGAGGUGGCGGUGCUGCUCCGCGGGAGGAUGGAACGCGCGGUGUACUGUAGUGAGACGAGGAAGACGAUCACCGGCCAGGCCGCGAACGCAGGAUUUCUCGCGAGAAUGCUCGAAACGCUGAGGAGCAUCUUCGCGCGAACGUAGCGCGUUUUCUCUACGAACGAUAAAACGCCGCCACCUAUCAACGACCGAGACCUCGCGAAUACGCACAACUGAAGAAGCGCGGAAGAACGCUUGGUUAUGACGGCCAAGUCGGGAGGUGCGUUAGCGAGGGCAUCGAGUAUCGAUUAGCAGAUGAUUCGCGCGGAAUUGAACUCGACUCGCGAGAUCUGCACGAUGAUGAUAAUCAGUGACGCAGCGGACGACAAAGCGCUCUCGGGCGAUAUCAGAGCGUAGUGGCCGCUGCAUGUAGAAGUGAACACGCAAAAUUGUGCAGUGCAUUACGGUGUCACGACGGGGCACGUCGGGACCGGGUGAAAGAACAUCGGCGAGUCGGUGUCGAGCCUCGACUUUGGGCCUGCAAAAUUCAUCUGCCAUGGCGCACCAGACAAGAGAUCUACCGCAGUUGCGAAUAAAGUUUUAUAAUACGGUCGCUGCCGGUCUCCAAAUAGUCCUCUUGCUCACCGUCCUACCUCAAGAGAGCCUUUGCGGGCGCCACGAGAAACGCUUAUUGAAUCACUUGCUGGCAAAUUACAACACCUUGGAGCGGCCAGUCGCGAAUGAGAGCGAACCGCUGGAAGUGAAGUUUGGCAUCACUCUGCAGCAAAUCAUCGACGUGGAUGAAAAGAACCAAAUACUUACUACCAACGCGUGGUUGAAAUUGGAGUGGACAGACUACAAUCUUCAGUGGAACGAGACCGAGUACGGCGGAGUGAAAGAUCUUCGAAUUACGCCAAACAAGCUUUGGAAACCGGAUAUCCUCAUGUACAACAGUGCGGAUGAGGGUUUCGACGGGACGUUCCAAACAAACGUGGUGGUCACGCAUAACGGCAGUUGCCUGUACGUCCCUCCGGGCAUCUUCAAGAGCACAUGCAAGAUAGACAUCACUUGGUUCCCCUUUGACGACCAACACUGUGACAUGAAGUUCGGAUCCUGGACCUACGACGGCAACCAGCUCGAUCUGGUACUCAACUCAGAGGAGGGUGGUGACUUAUCCGAUUUCAUCAUGAACGGGGAAUGGUACCUCAUCGGUAUGCCGGGGAAGAAGAACACGAUAAUGUAUCAGUGUUGUCCGGAACCGUACGUCGACAUCACGUUCACGAUACAGAUACGCAGGAGGACCCUCUACUACUUUUUCAAUCUGAUCGUGCCCUGCGUGCUGAUAUCGAGUAUGGCCCUACUGGGCUUCACCCUGCCGCCCGAUUCCGGCGAGAAGCUCACCCUAGGAGUGACCAUUCUGCUGUCGCUGACAGUUUUCCUGAACCUCGUGGCAGAAAGCAUGCCGACGACUUCGGACGCUGUCCCUUUAAUAGGAGUGACCAUCUUGCUAUCGCUGACGGUGUUCCUGAACCUCGUCGCCGAGACCCUGCCCCAGGUCUCCGACGCAAUACCCUUGUUAGGAUCAUACUUCAAUUGCAUCAUGUUCAUGGUGGCGAGCAGCGUCGUGUUGACUGUUCUGGUGCUCAACUAUCAUCACAGAUCGCCCGAUAGAUACGUGAUGCCAAAUUGGGUGAAAAUACUGUUUCUGCAAUGGCUGCCGUGUGUGUUGCGCAUGAGUCGGCCGGGCAAGAAGAUCACGAAGAAGACCAUUCUCAUGAGUAAUCGAAUGAAGGAACUGGAGCUGCAGGAGAGGAGUAGUAAGAGUUUACUGGCGAACGUUUUAGACAUCGACGAUGAUUUUCGCCAUGGAAACAGUGCCGCUAAUCCUGCCUCGGGCUAUAUAAGUAGGUCGGCGUACGGCACACCGCUGUCGGCUAGACCGGCGACAGUCGAGGAGACUUCGGCAUCGUUGCCUCUGAGCGGCAUGCAGAGGGAACUUCAUACAAUUCUCAAGGAAUUGCAGUUCAUCACGAGUCGCAUGAAAAAGGCGGACGAGGACGACGAGGUCAUUAGCGACUGGAAGUUCGCCGCCAUGGUGGUCGACAGGCUCUGUCUGUUCAUCUUCACGUUAUUCACGGUUUUGGCUACGGUGGUGAUACUGUGUCGUGCGCCACACAUAAUCGUCCAGUAAUAGACUGCCCCGGUCGAACCGAAAAAAAUAUGCACAAAAAAUGCCAGGGAUAGCACCUCCUAGAAUUUGGGACGACAUCCGAUUCGAGGAGGUGGCUACGGAGCGCGUCGAAGUGACGAGAAAGCGCGGAAAAAGAGGGACGGUCUCGUUAGCCCCUUUCGCGCCCUUUCUGCGCGACUCACCCCUUACGGGAACAAGAGAAUGUUCUCUCGUUCUCGGAUUCCUCACGCUGGAAUACGCCGCCGGGUUGUGCGCCCGGUUUUUUCGCGCGACGUGCUUUCACUUAGGCGAGUAAAUAGGCAAGCAAGAGUGAGACCACCAACGACGUUCACGAGAAAAGCCACGGGGUGGAUGGACAUGCGGCAGCGGUAGCGGUGGCGGACGCCUCGUUUUUCGAAUGGAAAAAACAUGCUUGGCAAGAAAAAAGAGAGAUGCUUCCGGAUUCGAGAAGAGAGAAAACGAACAAGGAAGGGAAGGAACAAGGACCCGAUCGCCGAUGUCACGCUUCGUUGCGGCUGCGUUCUUUCGUUUAAGUGACUUAAUAAUUAACCAGUUCUACAGUGCGAAACCGAUAGGUAAUCGACGCGCGACGCGAGCUGGACGAAGAUUUAGAGGCUGCCUCUAAAUCGUUAAGAGGAAGGUAGGUGCAGACGAGAGAGAGAGAGAGGACGCGCUGCCGAGUUAAGUCUAAAUGCGUAUCGCGGGCUCUUAUCGAUCGCGACCUCGUUCGACGAUCGCCGUGACCUUGUUUCGGCGAUCGGGAUCGAUCUCGAAUUCGACGAGCAAUGCGAUUUCGCAAUGAGAUAACGCGAUAAGUGGACGCGCGACGAGAGUCGACACAUGGCAUCACGAGAGAAGGAGAUCGCGCAGUCCUCGGAAGAGCGUUGUUGCGGCCUUUCGAUAAUAGUAACAAUAACGAUAUAUAAAAUAUUUCUUAUAAUAAUGAAAAUAAUAAUUAACGAUAUAAUUAACUGUUAGUCGCUUUGCGCGCGAGCGCGCUCGCACGCACGCGCGUUACGACUGAGUCGUAAUUAAUUACCGCCGCGAUCUGUUGAGGGUCUCUCGUGGGGAGCCGAGACGGACUUCAAAAUAACUGCCAAAUAUAAAAAAAAAAAAACUCGUGUCAGGGGUGUUCAACCUUCUCUCAAACGGUGGGAAAGUAAAGUGCGGCCUGGACGAUCGGCAGGGUGAACGCGCGCGGCGCCGUGACCAAUGACGCGAGAGCCGACACAAAGGUGAUCGUUUGUUUCGCGUUCGACGAGGAUCCUAUAUUUUCCCUCUGUACAAACCGCGCUGCUCAUAGCAAACGCGGUUCAGCCACUGUGCGUUUCUCCACAGGCGGUCCCCACAAGGCGCAAAGUCUAAUAAACUUGCGCCAUCACCGAUCGCACGAUCGACCCUCUACGUUCGAUAUAUUUUUCCACGUUCUCCCGUUACAAAGCCCUCCUGUUACCUACUCGAAAAGCGUAAGCGAUUCCUCCGCAUUUCCGCAAAACCCACCGGAUAUUGUCACACCGCGUGUAUUAUUACGGUGCGUAUGUGUAUGCGUGUGUACGUGUGUGUUUGUGCAUUUAUGUAUGUAUGUGUGUGUGUGUGACUCUGAUGUGUCUCCGGAUGUGUGGACGUAUGCGUCGGACACGCGAGAAAUAUACAAGCGCACAAGAGAGCGGUCGACGCGUCGCUUAUUUAGCCGAUCGGCGAGAGAGGAUCGAUUGAUCGAUCGGCCGCUCAUUCGUCCGAGGAUCGUACAAGCCGCAUGAGCCGCGUUAAUGCGCAGCGUAACUUACGAACGACCACGGAGGCGAACGCGUCGAGGGCGAACGAACCGCGCGUAAAAAAAUAAAAAAAGAAAAAAGAAAACUGCCAAGUUGGACCACCCCUGCUUUCCGUACAGAGUCACGCGCGUACCCUCGAGUCCUUGAGGACCUCGGUGAAUCCGUCGUGGAUCGUGAUCGAGAGCUGCGAGAGCGAUCGACGUAUUCGCGAUGCCGUGCCUACCGCGAUGAUGAUUUAUAUCUCGGUGGAUCGCACAGUUUCUUUGCUCGACUUCGCGCUGUCGAAUCCUUCAACGACUGUAAUUUGAAAUGACCAGUCCUACAAUAUAUCACGCUUUCUGAACAUUUAUUACCUACCUCGCGCUAUUUUUCGAAAUGAAUCUUGUAUAAUUUAUCAAUAUAAAAGUAAAGUCAUAGAUAAUCAUUUGAUAAGUUAAUAAAAUUCUGCACAUUCUGUUGGAUAAUACAUAUAAUUCUUUUGCUAUCUAAAAAAAGAAUUUUUUCAUAAAAUGUUAUUCUGUUAUUCAAGCAUAAAACAAAGUUUACAUUUAGACGCUGUUUGGACUUUUCAAGAAAAGUGUGUUCUUUAAAAAUAAAAAAAAAGAAAUAAUGAAUUCGUUGUCGAUUACAAUGCCCGAUGUUUGCAACGAUACGGUCCGUAAUCAUUGGCACGGACGGUAUGAAAGAAAACUUGUGACCCCGAGCUAAUUAAACGAUUAAUUCUUGAGGAUGAGAGGGAUGUCGGGAGCUUUCCUCGGAGCCCUCAUUAACGUAAUCAACAACGUAAAUUCGUCGUCGUCGAUACUUUUACUUUUAUACUGCGGCUAAUUACGAACCGAAUCGCGGAUCCAUUCUUGUUAUCGUGUGUUGCGUGGAUUAUACGGAUCAGUACUAUUUAUACGAAAAAGUUUUAUUAUCGUUAUCGUCGUUGAUUUUUCGUUUUAUUUUAUCCCCAUUAUACACGAGCAUUUUUCGUACGGAUUGAUCGCGAUAUUAUUCAAAAUUUUUAAUUGCAUUCGCGUUUUAUCAGAGAUUGUUUUGCACGCGUUUUAAUAAAUUAAUGAUAUUAAUCUCGGAAGAAAAUGCCGCGCGAUAGAUCAAACAAAUAAAUAUUACAAGAUUUAAACGACCUUAUGAUUGAUCGGAUAAUUGAAUUAAUAUUUAUAAAAUUUAUUGAAUAAUUAAUAUUUAUUCAGAAAGAUCUCAUAAUAUGUUUAAUUGAGAAACGAAAUUUUCCCUCUAACUUUAAUAUCAUAUUUCGUAAUGGAUAAUAGCAGCAUUAUAAUUAAACUUUUUUCAUCCAAUUUAUUUCGUUUGCUUCAAUAACGUAUAAGACUAAUUCUACCUCGACAAGCAUAUAUAAAAGUUUUCGUAAUUAAUAAGAUAAUUUCAAUUACAUAUGAUGUCAAAUUACAGUCGCCAAAGGUUUUAACGUUAUCAAGCAUCCUCGUUUCCGGACCGCUCUCCCUGCCUCAUUUGCAACGAAGCUGUACGGAAUGACAGAGUGAUAUAAUCGUUCAAAUGACGUGAAGAAAGAUAUAACGAUGAAUAAAGUUAAAGUGUUCCGACUAACAAUACUCAGAUAGAUAUGUACAUAAGUGAAGAAUCAUUUAGGUGGGACUUAAGUACACAUCUGCAGCAAUCCAGUUGGUACAUGAGCGAACAAUGUUGGCUAAACACACACGCGUACACAUCUACAUCUAUACACGAAUGCACAUCCACGGCGAACUGUUGAAAAGUAUACGACAGUAUAUAUUUAUCUACAUCUCGAUAAACUCUCUCUGUCCUUCUCUUUCUUUUUUUUUUUUUCGAAACGAGCUGGAUCAUCGACGAUAGUCGAUCGCGUGCCGAUCGAGAUCACUCCAAGAUUUCACGGACGAUCUUAAAUCGCGCAGCGAGGGCGAUCCACCGGUAGAAUCGGCGAGAACAGAACGGAGCGUAACAAAUCAAAUCAAAGCGGAAAUCAUUGCAAGUUCGUUUCUCGUGAACGGUUUCAGUGAUCAUUGAUCAUUGCCGACAAUCAUAUCGUGCGACGUAGAUUUGCCGUGUUCGCGAAGCGCGUGUAGACGAAGGAAUUGUGAUACAAUGUGAAAUCCUCGGAACGCACGCGAGAGAACAGUACAAGAUGCGCGACACACAGAAACAAUUUUCAAGCACAACGAAUCGCGAAUAGAAUUUGCGAGCACGCGAGGGAAAUGAUUAAAGGGCUGUUUAUGUUGCGCAAUUUCUUGAUGCAAUGUCGCUAAAAAUAUUGUUGACGUACAAACUAUUGCGUAUACAGCUUUCUGUAAGAAUGAUUAUAUGAUAGAUCAAUGAUCGGCUUGAAGUGCGAUUUCAUUCUCGUCAACUACUUAAAAUAUAUGCAAUUAAAGAUAAUGCAGAAACAACUUAAGCUCGAAAAUUACAAGAAAGAUAACAUUUGUAAUAAUUUGAGUUUCAUUCCUAAUCAUUGAAUCGUAAUCAAUUAAUUGAAUCAAUUAAUUCGUAAUCAGUGAUUCAAUAAAUAAUUAAUUUAUUCACUCGACUUGAUAUUCGUUUGAACGAGCUUUGCUAAAUCGAGCGUUAGUUUCGUUCUCUUUCAAGCAGUUUCUUUCUCAGAUAUUCUGCAGAUUUUUCUGUACUUUACCAAUUUAAUAUAACGAGACGUCGUUAAAAAAAAUCCGCGAUGUAAACAGUCCUUGCACAAUCAUUGCAACGAUCAAUAAUGUACGGAAGUCACUGAUAAUUUCAAGGCGACGCGGUCGAUCGACGGUAGAUUCACCCAGAGUAUCCUCCGAGAUCUAGCGUAAUUUUCUAAUUCAUCUCGCGCUAAUCGAUAAGUAUACAAGUAUAACGGCGACGGCCAUAGUUGACGACGUAUUUGCGGAUGAAAGACAUUAAAAAAAAAAAAAUCCGAGGACGCGUCGCGCGCGUGUAUGCAGAUUGGAGAUGAAUUUCGGGACAAUCUGCGAUCUCGAAUGACACAUCUCGCGAGAAAGGACGCUAACAGGACGAUAACAGGUGGUAACUUGGGGAAGAAGGAUACACAUGUGUGUUACAGAUCCGUAUCGCAAGCACGCGAGCAUUUUAACAUUAAAAAUCGGUUGUUCGAUCUCCAUGUCACAUUGAUUUUGUUGAACGUGUGAUUCUUGUAUUAGGCAAGUAAAACUCGCGGGAUCGGACGAACGCUAACUAAAGUGCGAGGCAAAUGUACGAGCCGUAUCCUCUCACGUAGGCGUAUAGGUACAUGUAUAUCUUCGAUAGCCGCCUGAUCGGAAAUUUUUUUAUAUAUACGAUACGAGGGCAGAAAGGCGGUGAGAGAGUAGUGCAUUGUUAAUUUCAACAAAAAAAAACGCUCAGCAAAACGAAUCUAGCAGCGUAGAGAAAAAUUUUACAUGGUAUUUGUAUGUUUAAGAAACUAAAUCGCGUUACACACGGAGGACCACUCUGUGAUCGAACCGCCGUAAGUAAUUAACGAGAGCAUUGAAGAAAAGCGCGCAAGAGAAAAAGUACGAGGAAAAAAAAAAAUUGAAAACAAAGAAAUGAGUCCGUGUAAUAUUAAGCGAAUUAAACUCUAGAGGCUCGACGAUGUACGGUAAAUGAUUUGAUUAGUGUGAAGUCAUGUGGUUAUUAUUACUAUUGUUUACGCCGAAGGAAACGACGAUCAUCGUUAGUGCUAUUAUCACACACACACACACACACAUACACGUAUAAACACACACAUACACACACGUCGCGAAAACUAUUAAUAUUAAUAUGAUUACCAUUACUAUUUAUCACUAUUACUAGCGCUACCAAAUAUUAUUAUUAUGAUUAUCAUUACUACUAUUAUUAUUAUUACUAAUUAACUCGUUACUAACUAUACUAUUACUAUUAUCGCUAGAAACUACAUUUACUAUUACCUACCUACCGCUGCUCUACUGUCGUUACUAUUUAUUGUGUGCUAACUUCUUUAAAUCUCGCCAUCGGGCGUGGUGCGCACGAGAUUAUAGCGAGAGAUCGCGCACGAUUUUAGCCGAUAAGCACGAUUUGCGUUUUUAAUAUUAAAAUGUGGUGUUUUUUAAUAUAUGCGCGGGGUAAAUAGACAGACAGAGCUCAAGCGAUAUCAUGACAUAUCCCGAAAUCGUUGGUUGAGUUUAAGGAUUAUGACGAAUUGUCACGAUAACCCACAUGUACUGAGAACAGAAAAUCUUUAACUUGACUAAAAGCGUUUGGUCGGUCAUCACUUCUUUAAUUGAAAUAUUAUAUGAUUCAAAUGCUUAAAUAUUUCAACUAAAGAAAUGAUGAUCAGCUAAACGCGUUUAGUCAAGAUAAUGAGCUUUUUUUCUCAAUAUGCCACGCGAACAUUGCGUUAUGCGAACAUGCGAUGGGAAACAAUUCUUUUUUAUCGGCCUUUCGAUCGGAAGUAAACGAAUAGAAUUUUGGUAAAGUCGUUGCUAUUGCAUCCUUAAUCUCAACAACAAUCGCGUAUAGCGCUACGCGUACAAACUCGGUUACUCGAUGUUGCGUAAUACUUUGAAACUCGUUGACGCAAAUUAGGCCGACUUGGAAGAGACACGGGAUUAUUUUCGCGCGCAAAUUUUCUUUAUCCUUUCGCGAUUCGUUUGGAAAACCUUUCUACAUUUGCACACGUUUAAUCCUUUCAGUCUCGAUUAAAGAAAAAUAUGUGAAAAAUAUAUGAAGAGAGAUAUCAUAAGAGUAUUCGAAGAUCAUCCAUUAAAUAGAUCCAGUUAAGAGAUUAUUAUAAAGUAGAAGCUUAUACAUACAGAGAUGACUUUCAUUUGAAAAAUAUGAAAAAUUAAGUAAAGUAGAUUAAAAAAAAAAGUUAAUCAAUUUGUUUGCCAAAACCGUGAACGCAUUUUAUGUUUUUAUUUUUUAGCACACAUUUUUUUUUUUUUUUUUAUUGAAACAGAUGUUCUCUUCGAUAUUAUAUUAUUUUCAAAUAUUCAAUUUUAACUGGGACUGAAAUAGUUGAGCGCUGCAUCGAUUUUUUCCACGCGCGCGGUUCUCUUUCCGAUAGAACGGCUAGAUUUCUCGAUUAUCUUCGCCGCGAUUAAGGAUAUAGAGACGACAAAAAGAUAAAUUUACACACGAGGUAAAUGUACGCAUCUUUAUUGGUACGAAGCUCGUUUCGUAAGCGCGCGGGCAGGCGCAUUGAAACAUGAAAAUUGUGUAAAUAACUUCUGUGAUAAGAAUCGAUUAUAUUAAUAAUUGCCGAAUGCGAAACCCCUUGAGACGAGGACGACGGCGGAAGCAGCGACGCGAGCCCAAGCCAUCAAUGACGAAAUCGCUUCGCCGAUACCGACACGAAACCGACGCGAAGAAAAAUAAUUUAGAAAAUAUCAAACAUUUUUAUACAUAUACAUAUACGCUGCUUAAAGGCAUGUUUCCCCGUUACAUGCAUGCAAUAAAUAAAACUUUUAUAAACGGAGGAUACGCACUUGCACAUUUCACGUCUAUUUUACGUUAAACUGUUUCUCUCUGCUCAAAAAGAUAAUCAAACUGCAUUUAUUUAGAUAAAAUAGGAUAUUAAUAAAAAAUAAUACACUUUGAUACGAUUUUGAGAACAAUGUGCUUGGAUAUGUAUAAAAUACCUAUUCCCGACAAAACUACAUUUAGGGUUUGGACCAUGAGAACGUAAAUAAGUAGCAAGCAAUAGAUUAGCGUGAUAGAUGAUCAACUUGAAUAUCAGAAUAAUAUACGGACCGGAUAAUUGGCCUUUCACGAUCGAGGUAAUCCAAUUAUUCCAUAAGUAAUCCAGUAAUUUUCUAAAUUACUCGAAUCAGUUCCCACAAUCUAUCCUGUGGCAAAUUAACCGCUCAGGUGAGAUUGGUUUCGGAUUUUCUUGUUUUCGCAAAAAAGAAUCAUUGGCAUUUUUACAGAUAUCUUUCGUAAUCGUUCUUUUAUUCUUAUUCAUUUCGCGUAUUGCAAGCAAACAGCAGCAUUGAUAUUCGAUAAAAGAUCGACCGCGUGAUAUAUUAUUGGUUUCGUGUUGCACGGUGAAAUUUAACGUGUCUUCAUUUGUAGCUAAUUGAGGCCAAUUAGUAGCAACUCACGAACGUCUCCCUCUCCCCUUACCUUGACGAACGAAGAUAAGCCGGAAAUGACGGGGCUUAGUCUGGAAAUUGCCCAUCGACGUCUAAAAUUCGGCCGCAUUAGAACCUGACGCCGAAGACGGAGCGGUGACGCGCGUGCUUGAAAUACGAUCGCCCAGAUUGUGAGGAAUAAAAAAAAAAAAAAGAGUCAAACUAGUGGAAUGUCCCGCGAUUUUCCGCGGCGAACAGCGAUCGACGUGGCCGGCCCCUUAAUAGCAGCACGCUCGCUAAUUACAAGCGAGACGUCACGUGCCCGUGCAAUCUGUUUUUACUUUUUUAUAUAAUAUGACACGCGCUUCGUCGCGACGAGAACGACGAGGCGCCACAGUUUUGAGAAUAGGGUACGUCCGAUCGGUCGCAAAUAUCGAUAAUGAGAGAUCUAGAUGACAUGAGAAGAUGACAUUAAAGGAAAAAAGAAGGGCCUGGGUCUCGCGACGUUACUUUCGACGCGUAAGUCGACGCGGAGCGGUUGCGAAGAACCCUCAUUACGCACUUGAGCGAUUUCGUUUCGAGUCAGAGGUGGUGCAUUAUUAUUGAUAACAUGUAAAGCCAUGCGUCUUGUGUCCGUGUACACAUAUGCGCAUAUACUUUGAACAUACGAAUAUAAAUAUAUACAUACAUACAUACAUAUAUAUAUAUAUAUAUAUAUAUAUAUAUAUAUAUAUAUAUAUAUGAAUAUAGGCGUAUACAUAGAUAAUGCAUUAUACAUACAUAUAUAUAUUAUACAUAUUAUAUAUACAUAUAUAUAUAUACGUGUAUAUAUAUAUAUAUAUAUAUAUAUAUAACUUAUGUAUACAUAUACGAAUAUAUAUAUAUAUAUAUAUAUAUAUAUAUAUAUAUAUAUAUAGAGCGAAAAAACAAUAUUGUAACAUACAAACACGGGAGAAUCUGCUACAGGUGAAAAAAAUACUAUAUAAAUUGACAUUGAACGUUAAACUAAUGAAUAAUGCGAACUGUUAAUAAAUUGUAAUAUUAACUAAUUCAUUAAUGAACUAAAUACAAAGGAAUUGAACUAGGUUACACGGACAACUGGUAGUCUGUCCCCAAAACAUUCGUCUCUGUUCCUACUUUCUGCGAACAUGAACUCGCGCGUUGCUUUCAAUAUGCAUGUAUAGUUUCGCGAUCGCCACCGAGAAGCGUCUAAUUGAAUUCUUUUAUUUUUAUCGAAUAGUAUAUAUAUGCGUAAUAAUCUUUAAUCAUUUGUCACGAAUAAAUCAAGAGCCGCUGGCCGCGAGACAUAUCCUCGCGACCCUCUCAUUUAUAUAAUAAUUAUACUCGCAUGUACAUAGGACACCAUUGUAUACACACGCGUGCCAAUAGUGAUUUAUAAACGCAAUACGAAACCCGGCGUGCGAAUCAAAAGAAAAAAAAGUACGUAACGGUGUAAAGUAACGGUGAGACUGGCUAACGAGAAUGCCAUGAUUGUCGUCGUUCCUUUCCCGAAUUCUACACAGAUUCUCAAAUAAAAAGAUACGGCUUGACCUCACGCACCGGCUACUCGUAUUUUAUUCCUCAGGAAUAAAAGCCGAGGGUGAUCCCUCCUUCCCUUCCCCAAGAUCCGCGCCUCCCCCCCCCCCCCGUUCGCUUUCGCUCUAACGUAAAAAAAAAGGACGCGAUGAGAGAAGAAAAAAAAAUGAAAAAAGACCAAAGCGGAGCGUUUUCAGAUCGACGCGAGUUGAAACGCGAUAAAGUGGCACACGCAAAAAGCGUGACCAAUCGCCAUCAACCAUGUGUCAAUAUCGGCGUUAUGAGAAAACACGCGCACGCACACAUUGCCACGGAUUGACCGUCGACGGAUCGAUCCGCCAGCCGUUUUACACGAGAUAAAUACGUAAUGUUACGCCAUUGUGUAAGUGACGUGCGCGAGACGAGGUAUCAUAUAAGUAAAUUAAUAAUAAUAAUCGAUAUGUGAAGAGGAGACAAGCCAGCCGCGUGCGGUAUGCUCAAAAUGUAGAAUAAAGAUUACGACACUGUAAAAUGCGUUUAAGGAAAUCCUUAUGUAUAGAUAACACGUUAAUACAGAGUGUGUAAAUGCGACUGUCGUGAUGAAACCUGGACGGGGCUGUUGAAACUUGUAGGAUUAAGCGAGAGAGGAUGCGAGAAUUCGACAGUGUUUGCAGUAACGCGUCGCUAUUUAUAGCGUGAAAGAACAAUGCGAAUGCGAAUGCAAAAUUCUACAUGAAUAAUCUUGCGUUCCUAACAAUGAGAAUAUUGUCAGAUGAAUAAAUGAUGGAUUGACGCUAA